UUAUUUUGACAAAUCUAUAGAUACAACAAAACUGUAUUUCUAUCAUUUGGUAUAAAAAUUCUCAUGAUCAUCUUAUAAUUUUCAAUGUAUUCAAUAUCUAAUGAUAAUAAUGAUUACUGUGCAGGAUAUUGCUAUGAUUCUGGCCUCAAAGGUGCAGAAAAUGCAUUUUAUCCCUACGUAGGUCAACCUGUUGUAUACUAUAGUCAUAUUGCUCCAGAUCAUUUGUCUCAAAGACAUAAAGUUAACAAGAAAAAUAACCCCAACUGUUUCGUGAAAGCCUUCCGCUGGUACACUCAGGAACUUCCAUCUCCUCAAUUGGUAGCACCAUGCAACAAUACGAAUAUAGGCGGGUUCGCAAUGUGGUUGGACAAGAAGUACGAGGAAUAUAUUCAAGAGGGUCAAUGCGAAAACGACUGUCAACAAUUCAGAUCAAAACAAUGUUCUUUCACAAAGAGUGAUAAAACUAUAAGCAGGUUAGAGUUUCCGUCGCGCAAAACAAGAAAAUUUCCAAGAUUGAAAAGUCCAUGGAAAAAGAAGCGUCGAUACAUAAAUGAAACUGAAAGAGAUGCAGCUUGUAAAAAACAGAGUUUUGAAUUUAUACUAAGACCUCAAGAUAUGUCAAGACCUGCUUCUGAAUGCUGCCAAAAGACAUCGUUUUGCAUUCGAUCCGACACAACUUUUAUCACUUCUAAAUGUAGGAUUCCGUCAAAUAUUAAAAAGAAAUCUAAAAGUUUAAUGUGUAUUUCGAAAACGAAGGAUGAAUUUGAAAAAGAUAUAAUGAUUACAAAUUAUGACGUCAGUCAAUGUUAUGAAAUACAAAAGAGUGAGGAGAGAUGCAGAAUAGUUCCUAAUCAAACAAUAAUAAAAGCAAACACUGAGAACAUUAUAAGUGAUUGUUAUAAUACAGAUUUAAGAAUUGGAAUGAAUUAUAAUAACAUAGCAACUACCAAAAAUCAAAGCAAAUCAGUUAAUUGUCAAUGUGCAACAGACAAAAUUCCAUUUAAAACUGAAAAUCACAAUGUUUUCAAAAAAGUAAGCUAUAGUAAAUUACACAGAAAUACGCAUGAGGUUAACAAAUGUAAAAAUAAAACACAAAGAAGUCGAGAAGAAACAAGAAUCGUUACAGAAUGUUCUGGAGUUACGAAUCAAAAAUUGCGUUCAACUCCAUCGAAUAAAUCAAACACUAAAGAUGUUAUCUGCGCCUGUGAUCAGUCAGAAUCAAAACAUUUAACUUCAUCUGACAAAGUAACUUCUAGAAGGAAUCGUUACAAAACAGUCAUCUGUGAAUGUUCGAUGUCUAACUUUUUAAAAGAUGAUGCUCGUUAUCAAAAUCAAUCUAACGCGUCGGCGGUAUUCAAAAAAGUAAGUCGACAUGACUUAAAUAGAAAUGAAUACGACGAUAGAAAAUAUGUUGUUCAAAGACAAACGAGUAGAGAAAUUACAAGAAUUGUGACAAAAUGUAGCGAACAAUCGAAUAGAAUGGAAGAUUGCAAGUCACGACCACAUCCAAAGAAUAGAGACGUUAUUUGCGAGUGUUGCCUAUAUAGCACAGAUCUUAACAAUGCAUUAAAUCAUUGUAAAGUAGCUACAAGAGCUAAAACCAAAACCAUUAUCUGUCAAUGUUCUAAGAAUUAUCUUCAAAGAAAUAACUAUCGUCAACAAAUUGAAUGUAAAGAACAGCAAAUAUGCCAAAAGAAUACAAAAGAAAACUUCCAUCGAACAUGUUGUCCCUGCCCAAAGUUACAACAAGCACAAAUUGGACGCUCGUCAAUAAACUGUAACAGUAUCAAGACUUUUGAAUACAAAAAACCGUUCAACUCCAAAGAAUUGCCGGUACAUGGUGUUCAAACGUCGGAUCAUUCAAUAAGAUUUCAAGAAGAUUCAUUUCUCGUAAAGAUUGUGUAAAAAUUUUGAUGUUGAAAAAACCAGACAAUUUACCUAAAUUUACUAAUUUGAUCCGCAAUGAAAAGACAACCUAAAUCUAUAUUUAUUUGUACAAGAAAUGGAGUAUCGAAUAAAAACAAGUAAU